UGCUAUAACAGAACCACCCUUUUCCUUCUAGUUCAUAACUAAGAUAAAAUUCUUCGAAAAUCUGCAUUAAUUCAAAUUUUUUAUGUUUGAGUCAAACUGAAAACAUGCACCGUAUCAUUUCAUUUUUUAUGCAUAUGUUGGUAACUCGUUUUUUGAAUUAUAGCAUACCUCAAACUAUAUGACUAUGACUAUGACUAAUCAGUUUGUCAAUUAGGUGUGUGUGUCUACCAGUUGAGUUUCAUUAGAAAUUGACUUGCGCCCAUGGGUUUUGAUACUUACUCGUUUCUUUCAUGCGUCUUUUGGUUUUUUUUCAGCCAAUAACAUGAAUAAGAUUAAUUUUCUGGUCACUAGUGAGUUACAAUACUUUCCAUGGGUUUGGUAUCAAAGGAAGAGUAGGGAUGUAGCAGUGCAAAAUUAGCAUGAAGGAGAGAAAUAUUUUGCAUCUUUAAAGAUGCACUUUGUGUGUUUAAUCUACUAAGUGAAUUUCAAAUCCCUUUUUUGGUGCCUUAACAUUCAGUUGUUCCAGAAAGAUUAAACAGAGAUAAGUGAUUUUUCUGCAAUAGUGGCAAGUGGUAAAGCUGCUAUUGAAGGGUGGAGUAGCCGGUGAUUUGUCUUCAUCUUUCGUUUGCACGUAUAAAUUGCAGGCUCCUUCCUUUGGUGCUGGAGUGCUGCUUCAUCAUCAUUAUAACUGACCAUUGUCACAGUAUUCUCUCACCUGCCUAGUUUUAAGUUGUAGUUUGGCAUUUCUCGAGCUGUGGCAUUUAUAAGGACCCUUAUUUUGUUGAUAUAUAUACAAUAGCAAGAUAUGUUCUUUGGCUGUGAAUAGACCGUGUAAAGAUGGCAAAUCCAGAUGAGGAACAACCACAAACACAGCAGCAGACAGAGGAUUACCUUUUCAAGAUUGUUCUGAUUGGUGAUUCAGCGGUUGGUAAAUCUAACUUGCUCGCAAGAUUUGCUCGAGAUGAGUUUCACGCUAAUUCGAAGUCUACUAUUGGGGUAGAAUUUCAGACCCAAAAGAUGGAAAUUAAUCAUAACGAAGUUAAGGCACAGAUAUGGGACACAGCUGGCCAGGAGCGGUUUAGGGCUGUGACAUCUGCGUACUACAGAGGCGCAGUCGGAGCACUUCUGGUCUAUGACAUCAGCAGACGCAUCACAUUUGAUAGCGUUGGCAGGUGGCUUAGCGAACUUCAAAGUCACUCCGACAUGACUGUGGUAACGAUAUUGGUGGGCAAUAAGUCUGAUCUAAAAGAGGCUCGGGAGGUGACAACCGCGGAGGGAAAAGCCCUGGCAGAAGCACAGGGACUGUUCUUCAUUGAAACAUCGGCUCUUGAUUCAUCCAAUGUUAAUGCUGCGUUCCAGAAGGUGGUGGAAGAGAUCUACUAUAUUUUAAGUAGGAAAGUUAUGCAAUCUCAAGAACUCAAAGAGAAAGAUCUGGAUUGGAUGGGAGAUGGGAAAACAGUGGUUUUACAGGCUGAAGAUGAAAAGCAGCAGGAAACAGAAGCAAAAGCUAAAAAAGGUGUGUGCUGUUCAUCAUGAUUUGGCACUCUCAUUUUAGAUAUACUCCAAUUUUCUUCAAUACUCUUGAGGGAAAAAAUCUAUUUUUCUACCAUAAUCUGUAAAUGGCUUAAAAGGUGUUAGAAAAUUUUCCAUCAAGCAUUCACCUUAUUGCUUUUCUACUCCUUCACAUUAAGCACUUAUCUUUUGCAUAUCAGGUACUAUAACUGAUAUAGAUGUGCAUACAUACACGUCGAUGACGUGCAUGUUUUAUUUAGUGCUUGUUUGUUCGUAUGAGAUGAUAAAGCAUGAUAUUGGACUUGA